AUGAACAUCACAACGCAACUCGCCAUUGAAUGGCAGAACCCCAGUAACAUCCUCGCGCUGCUGUUCAUAAUUGGCGGCGACAUUGUCCAGCAUGCCAUCGCUCAACUUUUUGGAGUCUACAUUCAGCCCUUUCGAAACUCGCCCCGACUGUACCUAACGCCCGUUGCAUUCUCAUUUGGCUGGGUCAGUUACGCCUUCAUGUCAUUGGCGUCGGUGCUGGGCGAUAAACCGCUUAUGCCACCAGAGCCUGACUGCCCUUCCAGAGUCAUCAACUGCUCCUCUGGAUAUGGCCGGACCAACCGCUCCUGGGUACUGGGGCGGAUUCUCCGAGACCAUGAGCUGGCGGUGGAGGAGAAUUCUAGCCCAGAAUUUGCAAACUUGAGUGCUGCCGGGAAGAGGGUGUCUCUUCGCAUAGACAUAUUUCAGAUUCAGGAGAGUGAGACGCCUCAGAUUGACCGAGUCUGGAUCCUCGGAUGGCUGACCAUCGUCGCCCAGCUCGUGAUAUCCGCUGCACCAUGGGUCCGACACGGCGACUGGGGCGUCUUCCUUGUCACUGCCAGUGGUACGAUGUUUGCGCUCAUGACGGGGAGCCUGCGGCAGUGGAAUCUCGAGAACAACGGCACCGCCUGGGAUCUGGAGUCGUUGGCGACGGCCUCGUCCGCGUCACUGGCCGAGACACCCUGGUUGCUGGGUGUCCUCGCUGUGCUCUGGGGCUGCCUGCUUAUUACCGUCUCUGGGCUACAGCAGAAUGCAUGGUUCCUUGUGCUCAUAGGCGGCAUUGGCAUGGUGCAGAACAUCUACGCCAGCGUCGCGAGGAGACCAGCCAGCGCCUUUAAUAUGGGCAUCAAACCAUACGCACCGCUGCCAACCAUUGUCGGUCUGGGGUUCGAACAGCCAUGCGAUGAUGAGAAUUCUGAUGAAGAUUUAGGCGAUACGACUGGACAUUGGCGACAGCCGCUGGACUAUGAAGAAACCUCUGGAGUCCGUGGCGCUAUUCGAGAGUUGGAAAAGGCUUUUCCCAAGGCCGGAGUUGCCCUGAUGCAAGAAUUCUUUCCUGCACUUGUGAAGUAUGAGCCAGAGAGAUACCGGACUAAUGCUGAGAAGAAGUUUUGGAAGAAGGCGUUCCGCCGGUUUGGCAUGCCUGUACUGUCGAAUCAUGUUAUGAACGAAUGA